AGAAAAAUCACUCAUUUUUCUCAGCUUCUUCGUUCAAUUAAACAUACUUGGAGACAUUUUGAGCAUAUAUCAAGAAAUAUCAGUGUGUAUAGAUACCGUGAAGUAAGAAUCUUUGGUUUUUAUAAGUUAAGCCGAAAAUGGCAUUGGGGAAGAAGAGAAUCGUUGCCCAGAGAUCGAACUUGAAGCAUCGUCGUGGUGUGGAAGAAGGAGGAUUGGGGUUAGAGUUAGAGUUGGUUCAGUACAAGAAGGUUUUUGGGAGGAAGAGGAUUCUGGUUUCAGACACUGGUGAUUCGAUUUUCACUUCACCUGUCAGGAAAAUCUCAUCGAAGAAGCUCUGCGAUAAAGCUCCGUCUGCAAGUUGUCAAAGUCCAGAGCUUGAAGAUCUUCAUCUGGAUAUUCUGGUGAGAAUUAUCUGUAGGGUCGAGCAUGAAGACUUGAAACAACUGUUUCAUGUUUCAAAGACAGUAAGAGAAGCUACACUAAUCGCAAAGCAGUCACAUUUCGCAUAUAGUACACCUCGGAAAACCUCUGUUUUCCAACAUAGAAGAUUCAGUUUAGAUAAACCGUUUGGUUUAGGUGAUGGCGACGAUUAUGAGAUUGAAGCCCCAGGAGCCCCACUGCAGAAAAGGUACCGUUACCGUAACGAGGACGAUUCUGGAGUGUCAGUGGCUCUAUUCAAGUGAAUCAAACAGCUUUGGUUUGAGGCUAAUACCAAUCCACUUGGUUUCUUCAAGAUUCUUGAUUGAAGAAACAAAGUUAUAAGUUAUGUUCUUAGGUUUUAGUUUGGAUAGGUCUCUGUAAAUUUCUGUUAGAUAAAAAGAAAGAUAGGGUUUUGGAAAAGCUAGCUUGUUUAGAAGGUCUGAAAUGUUUUUCUUUGGAGGUUUUAAGCUUUUUUGUUAUGUAAUGUAAGGUAAAUAUAGUAUAUUUGGA